AUGUCCAGCUCUGUCCUGACUUGCGGGUCCACUUUAGAAAAGUCAGGAGACUCCUGGGGAAAUAAGGCAAUGGCCUCCUCCAGUCUCAUUGCUCCGUGGCCACCAGAGACCCUGGGAUCCACUUAACACCGCAACAAAUCCUCACCAUGCCAGAGACUGGGCGGUUGGCCGGGAGCAGCCUUUGCAAUCCCAGAGCUGACAUUCCACAGCGCUGUGCACCAAAGCAAGGCCUGUUAGUGAUAUUUAAAAGCAUCUCUCUCUCUUGACAUCAGAAUCAAUCUUCUGGGAAGAUCCCCCUCAUCUCCACCUUCCCUGAUACAACUGAACAGAGUUCAAGAAAGACACAGUUGGCAAGUUAUCCACUUCCCCCCUUGCUUUCUUGGCCAGGAAGAUGGGGAUGCUAAGAGGGCAUGUGCCACAGGACAGUUUUAGAUAAUACAUGAGGAUGUCAGUGUAGAGCCCAAUAGCACAAGGCACGGCCUUUCACAUCAACUGGCAUUUACUGAGCACUGGUAUGUCAGUUCCUUUUCCACAGAAUACUCACAGAAAACAUAUGUGCACACAUGCUGCCAUAACCAAUGA